GCGAUACCAUCCGAAUUUGUGAUAUCUCAUUCGGAUUCAAGCGUGAAGAAGAAAAACCAUCGCCCAACGAGACGGUAGGGCUUCGUGCCGACGGUCCCGGCGCAUUUGGCACGGUGAUGGUCGACGACGACGGCGUUAAGCUGAACGCGUUGUUAGAGAUUACGCGGGGACUAACCGGCACGCUUUCCAUGGAUGAAGUGUUGCCGCAAGUUUUGGACGGACUUUUCCGCAUCUUCCUUCAGGCAGACCGCGGGUUCAUCAUUUUGAUGGACGAUUCCGGCAAGAUGGUUCCCCGCUGGACAAAGGCUCGGCGUGAGGGUGACGAGGAAGAAAUUCGCAUUAGCCGAACGAUCGUCAAGCACGUAAUGCAAACGCGUGAAGCGGUCCUUUCGGCGGACGCUGCUGCUGACUCGCGGUUUGAGAUGAGUCAGAGUAUUACCGACUUCAAGAUUCGUUCGAUCAUGUGUGCUCCGCUGGUGAAUGCGGAUGAUGAAGUGAUCGGCGUGAUCCAGAUUGAUACCCUCGAUCAGCGCAAGCGAUUCCAAAAAGAAGACCUGGAAGUUGCCGUCAGCGUCGGAAUGCAAGCCGCCGCGGCGAUUGAACGGGCCCAGUUGCACGAUGCGGCGAUUCGCCAGAUCUCUUUUCAGCGAGAUCUCCACGCGGCGAAUCAGGUUCAGAUUGGCUUUUUGCCCUCGGAAGAACCUAAGCUCGAGGGAUACCGCUUCUAUCACUAUUAUCUAGCAGCGAAUUCGGUCGGCGGUGACUAUUACGACUACAUUCCGCUUCCAGAUGGCGGCACGGCGAUCUUGGUUGGAGACGUGGUCGGGCACGGGAUUGCGGCUUCAUUGAUGAUGGCCAAGCUGUCGGCUGAAGCCCGGUAUUGCCUGGCAUCCAUGCCUGAUCCGCAGCAGGCAGCAUUUCACUUGAACAACAAUUUUGCCGCCGCAACACCGGCAGAUAAGUUCGUCACGUUAGCGAUUGCCAUCCUGCAUCCGCAGUCGAACGAAAUCACGCUGAUCAAUGCUGGGCAUAAUCCGCCGAUCUUGCGAAAGCCCAAUGGCGAAUGCCAGAUGAUUGCGGAAGAAGAAAUUGGGCUGCCGUUAGGCAUCAUGGAAGACAUGGAGUACGAUAUCGCCCGAUUCACGCUUCAACCCGGCGAGAUGCUCUUCAUUUACACCGAUGGGAUCAACGAAGCGAUGAAUUCGCAAGGCGAUCAGUUCGGUAUGGAUCGUAUGCUUGAGUGUGUUUCUCGCCCUACCGAUGACGUCGAGGUUUGCAGCAAAGCGAUCAUCGAUGGCUGCCGCGAAUUCAUGGGCGACAGCCCGCAGUACGACGACAUGUGCAUGGUCACCAUCCAGCGCCAAGCAUAG